AGCGAAGCUCGCGUUGCCUGUUAUGACCCGUGUAUCAGAAAUGUGGUAGAAAAUGGUGCUAAGAAAAAGGGCAUUUUUCUUAGAGGAGUGAGUCAGGAUUGGAUGUUCUAAGCUAUUUUUCUUUAAGAAUUUUGUUUUCCCCAAGUAAAGGAAUGUGGCAAAAAGUCUUACAUAAUUGGGGUUGAUCACAAUGAAUUCUCCCGCCAGUAAAAGGAGAAUGAAUGACUAUGGAGCAAAUCUAGGUCUUUUGAGCAUGAGUCAGAAGGAGACCAUCCAUUGUCGCGGAUGUGUCUGCUGGACCCUGAAGGAAACCGAGGAAACGGCAAAUCAAAGCCUCUAUCCAUCGACUCAUCGUGGCUUUGGACGUCGGUCAAAUGAAGAUAGGGAGCUGUGCACGCGAAACCUCUUUGGUCAUAAGAAGAAGGAUAAGGUCAUAACCCCCAAGAAGAAGAAGGAGGAUUGGGAUCGGACAGAGGAACCCGAUAUGACGCCUUCGAGGUUCAUCAGAGGAGCCACGGAGCCUUUGGAUUAUGAUGAUGGGCCAGCAAAGUGGCAGGGGAGUUGCGUCUUCAAAGAGGGUUUAGGUGGUAAUGGCUUUAGCUCUGAUGAUGAUAUAGAUGUGCAGGUCUAUUCACAAGAUGAAGAUGAAGAGAAAGAUGAAGAAUCAACCACAGCAAAGGAGAGUACUUUCUUCAGUUCUAAAUAUUUUAAUCAAGAAUUAAAGAAGAUGAAGGCCGAUCAGUCUCCAAGACAAGAAGACACUGGCCUGUUAUCACCGCUGGGAAAAUUGUUAACAAGAAAUGUUUUCCCAGAUUGUGACUUAGAUAACAUAAAUCCGAGUGAAAUUCACCAAGAAAACUUUACCUAUGAUCAUGAGCAAUUGUUGAAACAAGACCAUUCGGAUCCAAGCGUGAAUGUUGAUAAAAUCAGUGAGGAUAUAUCGAGAAGUAAGUUAAAUAAAGGUCCAUGGCAGAGGACAUUUUGUUCAAGUGAAAGGUCAGUGUAUUUGGCACUUUCAAAGGACAGUACAGCACAGAGAAAGAAACACAUUUUUCACCAGUGUAAAGAUCCGGAAAAGAUACACAAACCACUUAGUGAUCAUAAGGAUCAGAGCAUUAAGCAUCAGUGUAAAGGCGCUUCUUUUAUCUGCAGCUUUAAUACCACGAGCCAAAAUAGGUCAGACCCAAACAAAGCUUGUGAGGGAAGGAAGAUACCAGCUGAGAUUUUGGAGGAAGUUAAAGUCCGUCCAGAGACUUAUCUUUCAAAGGACAAGAACCCUUCCCCUGUUAAAGAGCCGAUCAAAGUGAAACUAGAUAUUCAGGCUACAGUGGAGACUUUACACAUGCAACAAUUUUCAACAAGUCCUGAAGGCUCACCAUUUCAGUGUGCUAAAUCUCCAAGCAAAGAAAAAAAGUCAAGUAAAGACAGAGAUAAGUACAGCAUCUUCGCAAAGGUUUGCACAAAUGAACCACACCACAAACACAGACGGUUGAGUGUCGACAAUGCUAUGUCAGAAAACACCGUGAGCUUCUGUGGUUAUCGUAAGAGCGGCUGUAACUCCUAUAAUAAGUUCAGACUUUUGGCUCAGCAUAGACAUGACCAAAGUUGUCAAGGAGGAGGUUCUUGUACCCAAAGUAAGCAGAAUGAGGGUAGUGGGUUUUCAAGAAGUAUAGACGCUCUUAUGCAGAAUGCCUUAAUUUCAUCACCACGUUUUAGGUUUCAGAAGCUGGCCUAUGACCCUCACGCGCUGCAAAGCGAGCGCUUCUUGCCAGGCUUUGUGGACACGCACUGCCACCUGGACUUCCUGUUCCGGCGCUGCAACCAGGCCUCGGGCAGCCACGCUCGCUUCCGGGCCCAGUGCCAGGGUCACGAUGCCUACCCCGUGGCUUUCGAGGGAUGCGUCGCGGUCUUCUGCCAGCCCUGGACCUUUGGAAAGACCUCAUGGUGGGAGGAGUUCCUCGGAGAGCCAGACGUCUGGGCGGCAUUUGGGUGCCAUCCUCACUACGCCCGUUUCUUCGGCGAGGAGGAGGAGGAGCACCUGAGGCUAGCCCUCCUCAACCCAAAGGUCUUGGCACUCGGGGAAAUUGGACUGGAUUACUCUAACAGGAAUAAUCAACACCCUGAACAACAGAAAUUAGUGUUUAGACGGCAGCUGAAUAUCGCCCUGGAGUACAAAAAACCGCUCGUGAUUCACUGUCGAGAUGCAGAGAGAGACUGCCUGGCUAUUCUGAAAGAGCUUGUCCCUCGUGACUAUUUAAUCCACCGCCAUUGCUUCACGGAGGGCUGGGACGAGGCCCGGGAAUGGCUCAGUGCUUUCAGUAACCUGUACUUGGGCAUAACAGGGCUAGUGACUUUCCCGAACUCAGAGAGGGCGUGGAGAAUUCAAGACGUUCUUCGGCAGAUUCCGUUGAGUCGGCUCUUGCUGGAGACGGAUGCUCCUUAUUUCAGACCUUAUUGUUACCAAGACAGUGGACGUUGGUCGCACCCAGGCAUGGCUAUCCACGUGGCAGCUCAUGUGGCCUCUGUACGUGGAGAAAGCAUCCAGAAAGUCCUUAAGUACGCUAGGAACAACACUAAGGUGGUUUAUGGGAUUUAAGGGCGAGUGGGGGAAGGAUUCUUGAGCGGAUUCUGUUGCUAGGAAUAGUGGGGAAGAGUGGGAGUGAGAGUGAGUGUGAGGUGUGCGAGGGAAAGGGGGAGGGAAUGCGAGUGUGUGUGAGAUAGAUAGUGAGCGUGAGGUGGGAUAUAGAGGGUGAGUGAGUG